UUUAAGAAAUGGAUUUAGGUUGAAACAAAAGGGGAGCGUUUUAUCGACCUGUUGUUGUUGAUACAUGUUACAAAUUAUUUGCUGAUCAGCAUUUUCUGCAUUCUGUUAAAAUAUUAAAUCGUCCGAAUUCCUGUUCGCUCUUGGUUUUCCUUCUUAAGGUUUUUCUUUUCUAACGCAUAAUAGUCGAGAACUAUCAUAAAAGAAGCAAUCACUAAUUAUAUAUCAUAUUUAAUAAUGUCCAAAAGAUACAAAUACGAUUCAACAAUAGCUACGUCCAAUGAUGCAGCGGCAGCCUUACUAUCUUUGUCCCCUGUUUCGCUUCCACCCACUGCAACAUCGAUCACUUUUUCUUCAACAGAUUGGACCACUUAUCACUCAACAGAUAAUGACACCAUUGGCCAAAGCAAUAAUUACCAGAAUACAGUUCUGGAUGAUGCUGUUUUCAUUGCCAACAAUUCUACUGAUAUAUCUUUUUUCACUUUUCAUGGCUAUUAUUACGAUGUAGAACAGCAACAAUCUCCACUACAUCCGUUUGAGCAGCGAAAACAGCAGACAAUGCAACUUUCAGCAGGUAUAUAUGAUGAUAUUGAUAAUAAUGGGAUGCUUUUUGAUGAAAGCAAUACUGUUACAUCGUCGCUUCCAGAAGGCUGGACAAUACGAAAGAGAAAACGAUCCAUCUUUGAAGUAGAAACAAACAUACACACUCUCAGCGAACUAUAUAGUAGUCUUAUUAAACUUCGUGAACAGGUAUCAGCGGCUAGUGACAUUGAAACAGAAGAAGAAAAGCAAAAGUGCAACAGCUUGAAACUGGGGUUGACAAGGAGAUCCUCCUCUAUACUAACCGACAGUUUAACUGUAAGAACCAACUCACUUUGCCUUAGUAACAGUGGUAAUGAUGCAAUAACAUCUGCGGAAGUUGAUUCAUCGUCCUCCCCUUCAGCAACUUCUAUUUUGACAAAAGACUGGACAGUAUCACUAGGCGAUGGUUAUGAACGGCUGCUGUCGACUUACCCUUCCUUUAUCUUUGAACAGCUAAUGCAAGUUUAUCUCGAAUGCCUUUGUUUUAAGCGUAUGGGAAGUCAAAAUUUGUUAUAUCAGCACCGUCAAGGCAAGUUGGACCCGGCUUAUGUGAGUGCAAUUUACGCUUAUGCUGGCUUACACACUCUCAUUUGUCAUUCGGAUCGUUACGGUGUGUACUCUUUCAUGAAUGAGCUGGUUCGAGAUGCGUAUUAUGUAGCACAUGAGCUUGUUGAAUUUGAUUCAGUAAACGAUAUAAUGACAGUAGAGACACUGGUCAUUAUGUAUCAAUAUUUAAUAAUAGCGCAGCAACAUCAGCAAUGGCAACAAGGGAAGAGCACAACUACAACAGGAACAUCAUAUGAAUCAAAGGCACACCAUCUUUUCAGCCUGGCAAAGCAACAAAUGGAACUCAUUUUGCAGCCGUCAGCAUCACUCUCAUCAUCUUCAGAUAAGAUACCAUUAGAGCAGGAACAGGAGCAGAAUGCAUACAGAUUACUUUUAUGGAUGGCGGAAAUAGAUUGGUCGUUUACAAUAUUUAAUACUAGACUAAAUUCUACUGCUGCUACCACAAAUAAUGCGCCCAUAAUCAAUAGCCAAUUGGUCAACGCGUCAUUAAACAGCGUCAAAGUAACUAUGCAUCCAGAGAUCAGCAAUGGCAAGCAAGAGGGAAAAGAGGCCGAAGCGGAGAGACUUUAUAUUAAAGCGAUGAAGUUCAAGCUGAAAGGCUUACAAAUUCUCUUGCAUAGGCACAAAAAACCUAUCAAAAGCCUAUGUCACGAUCUGAACAGAUGGCGGUCAAAAUAUUUGGAAUCUUUUCUUUAUAAAAGACAUCAAAAUACUGAUACUAUCGAUGACAAUGCUCAGCAGCGCUCGGAAGAAGUAUAUACGAUUGAAGACAAACUCGCCUUGAGAUUGCAUAUUCUUUAUUUUGCUGGAAUGUUGGAGCUGCACCAACAAUCUAUGUUUGAAGGCUUCGAGUCAGAUACAGAAAUAUGGCAAUCCAAAAGUAAAUGGACAGACUAUUUCACUGCCGCAUUUGCAGACCCCAAGAUAGUGGUAGAGGAACAGAAAAGACCGCUGAACGAACAGCAGAGCAAAGUAGAAAAGGGAUUGUACCGCAGUAUGAAUGCUGCUUAUGGAUUUAUACAAGUAGUUCAAUUAUUGUUGGAGGAAAAAGACUUAUGUCUAUUACCGCAGAUCAUUGAUACACUCUCAACGGCUUGUACUGUUCUCUACUUUGGCAACAAAAUAGUUGUGUGUAGCCCAGAAAUGGUGCAAAAAUCGGAACGAGCACUGACUUUUGUUAUGAACGCCUUUCUCAUAACGACAACAGCUUACGAAUUGAUGGUGGAAUGCCCGCGUAUUUACAGAUUUGUCAAAAAAUGGACUCCGCUUAUUCUCGGUACGAAGUAACGUCUUUGAAGGGAUAGGGAUUUCUUUGAUUGGAAAAACUGGGGUUUAGUGGGGAAAAGGUUACGGAAUUAGAUAAAAAUACAUGUUCUGUCAAUGUACGUACGUCUAUACUAUUACAUUAUUAUUUACAUUGUUUGUAACGAGAGGAAGCGACAUGCUUGAUAAGUGACUUUACAUAUCGCUCAUUCUAUAAAAUGCGCCUUCUUUGUUCUUAGCCGCUGUAUAUUUGAUUUUUCUAUAAGCAAAAGUGCCAAUGACAG